AGCUUCGGUAACUAUAGUCCCAUAGAUUAUACACCAGAUUUAUACUAAUUUGUAGCAUUUCAAUAUGGCGAUAGACGCUAGAGACAAUAUUGGCAAUGCGGGAAAUGCUGAGGCAGCACCUCAAGCUCAAUCUAAUUAUCCUAAUGCACCAGACUCGGACUAUGAAUCGGAUUCGUCAUCUCAAGAUUCUUCAUUAGGGAAGAAAGAUAAGGAGAAGACAAGAAGACCAGGAGAUAAUGCAUUUAGACAACAACGAUUAAAGGCAGUUAAUCCCGUGUUUACUGCUAAGACAGUCAUACCAUUAUUAAUUGGUAUAGCUAUAGUAUUUGUCCCCUUAGGAGCAGCCAUGUGGUAUGCAUCUCAUUCAAUUCAAGAUUUAGUAAUUGAUUAUUCUCAAUGUGAAAAUUUAGCAUCUUCUGAUUAUUGGUUACCAAUUCCUGAAAAUUAUACAAGUUUCCAUUUUGGUUCAUAUAGUAAUCAAACUAAAGCAGUUUGGAAAUUAGAUACUGAUGAAAGUCAAAUCUUUGAAGAUCAAAGAUUAGUUUGUAGAGUUCAAUUUGAAAUUCCUAAGAAAUUAAAUGCUCCAAUUUAUUUCUUUUAUAGAUUAAAUAAUUUCCAUGCUAAUCAUCGUCGAUAUGUUAAAUCCUUUAGUGAAGAUCAAAUUCAAGGUAAAGCAGCUUCAUUAAAUGAUAUAAAGAAUACUGUUGGACAAAAUUGUCAACCUUUAUCAACUGAUGAAAAUGGUAAUAGAAUUUAUCCAUGUGGAUUAAUUGCUAAUAGUUUAUUUAAUGAUACAUUUUCAACCACUCUUACAGCAGUUAAUGGAACUUUAAAUAAUUAUAAUUUAACUGAUCAAGGAAUUGCUUGGGCAACUGAUAAAAAUAGAUUUAAAAAGACAGCUUAUAAUUAUACUGAAGUGGUUCCACCUCCAAAUUGGUAUAAAUCUUAUCCUAAUGGAUAUAAUGAAACCAAUUUCCCUGAUAUUUCAACUUGGUAUCAAUUUCAAAAUUGGAUGCAUGCAUCAGCUUUACCUAAUUUUAAUAAAUUAGCUCUUCGUAAUGAUCAUGAUACUUUACAACCGGGAACUUAUGAAUUAUCUAUUGGAUUACAUUUCCCAGUAUUACCUUAUAAUGGAAAUAAAUAUAUUUAUAUAACUCAAAGAAGUGUUAUUGGUGGUAAGAAUAUCUUUUUAGGAGUUAGUUGGAUGAUUGGAGGAGCCAUUUGUUUUGCUAUUGGAUUAAUCUUACUUAUAGUUAAUUUCAUUCAUCCCAGAAAGACAGGCGAUGUCAAUUUAUUAAGUUGGAAUAAAGAAAAGUUUGCUCAAGAUGAAAAGGAAGAAUUAUCUUCUGAUUCUGCCAUUGCCACGGGUGUUGAAAAGCUUGACCAACACCAGUAAGAUGAGGGACACACUGUUUAUUUCAUUUUAUUUUAUUUCAUUUUCUUUUCUUUUCUUUCUCUGUAUAUUAAAAUUUGUUUAAGUAUGUUUAGGUGAAUUGACAAUCACUUAUAGAUAAGUAGUAGUAGGAAACCGCGCGCUACCAGUUGAGAUUGCACCUAAUGAUGCACCGCGCCAAAGGUAAACAAACAUCAACCCAUACUAAACAACAGUGAAUCUCACUAUUUAUAUAGGCCAGGAA